UCUCGUGUUCUUUUUUUUUUUUUUAGGCUAACGCAAAUCUUUGAGAAAUAAAACGGUAUUUUGCAGCGACAGAGAAAGGUUCGCACUUUUCUGCUUAUUAUUCUGUGGAACUGGAUGCUCGUUUAGAAAAUAGCACGCUAGCAUUAGCAUGUUAUUGAUAAAAGUGUCCUAAUGCCUUGGCGACACAGUAACUAAUAUUAUGUCUGAUAAUUUGUUGAGUAUGAAAGGUGUGACAGUCACUGUCAGCUUCGCCUUCUCUGACAUAACGUGCAAUACUGAAAAUCCUUUUUGUUGUUUAUGCUAAAUGUAGUUAUUUGUCCCGGCUAGUACAGUUGCACAUCAUCUAGACAUCACUCAUUAACUAGCAGGGAGUAUAUGAUUUGGUCUGGCUUGGAAGGGGCUUUGGUCAUUUUAUUACAGGUUUUACUUCCUCAUGGCAAAAGAAGAAUGUAUUACACAGAGGAACAAAACAGGGGACACUUCAACAUUACGAUACAGGAAAACCUUCGCCACUUCAGAAAGGACCCUCCAAACCCCAUCCACUCCUGUGUCAAAGGACAAAGGCUCUCAAACUGCUGGACGCUCGUCAGAAGAUGACACCCAGUCCCUUAAUGGGACAUCUGCUCAGUUUUCGAACAGACGAGGUGUCAGUAAGGAGCCCCCAAGCAAAGUGCUGCUGGUGCUGGUGUUUGGGCUGUCUUUCUCUACACGCCUCUACAAGAUCACAGAGCCUCCUCAUGUGUGCUGGGAUGAGACGCACUUUGGAAAGAUGGGGAGCUACUACAUCAACAGGACCUUCUUCUUUGAUGUCCAUCCACCUCUUGGAAAAAUGCUGAUAGGUCUCGCUGGUUACAUGACCGGCUAUGAUGGCACCUUUCCCUUCAUAAAGCCAGGAGAUAAAUAUGAACUCCACAACUACUGGGGGAUGAGAGCGUUUUGUGCUGUGUUGGGCUCCUUCCUCCCAGUCUUUGCCUACCUCAUAGUGCUGGAGCUGUCUCGGUUUCACACUGCUGCUCUCAUCACUGCCACUCUGCUCAUAUUUGACACCGGUUGCAUCACCAUUUCCCAGUACAUUCUGUUAGACCCCAUACUCAUGUUCUUCAUCAUGGCAGCAGUGCUGAGCAUGGUCAAGUUCAACCAGCAGCAACACAGGCCUUUUACUGCCCCCUGGUGGCUGUGGCUUGUACUGACUGGUGUAAACCUUGCUGGGGCUUUGGGGGUGAAGUUUGUGGGUCUGUUUGUUAUCCUCUUGGUUGGACUCAACACAGUCUGGGAUCUCUGGAGACUCUUGGGAGACCUUCGCCUCUCACUGGUGGACAUUGCAAAGCACUUCCUGGCUCGGGUUGGUGGGCUCAUCCUGCUUCCACUCUUCCUCUAUGUUACAGUAUUUGCCAUCCACUUUGUUGUGCUGAACAAAAGUGGACCGGGAGAUGGUUUCUUCAGUUCUGCCUUUCAGUCUCGUUUAAUCGGGAACAACCUACACAAUGCGUCCAUGCCUGAGUAUCUUGCAUAUGGCUCCACCAUUACUGUGAAAAACCUCCGCAUUGCUGGAGGCUAUUUGCACUCUCAUUGGCACUUAUACCCAGAGGGAGUUGGAGCAAAGCAGCAGCAGGUGACAGCCUAUCUCCAUAAGGACUACAACAAUUUGUGGCUCGUUCACAGACAGGAUAAUAAUGAAUCUCAAUCUGAGACCCCUGACCUGGUUCGUCAUGGUGACAUCAUUCGAUUGGAGCACAAAGAAACAACUCGCAACCUUCACAGUCACCUUCAUGAGGCCCCUCUGACCAAGAAGCACUUCCAGGUUACAGGCUAUGGCAUUAAUGGCACAGGAGACACUAAUGACCUGUGGCAGGUGGAGGUGUGUGGAGGUCGGAAGGGUGACCUGGUGAAGGUGCUGCGCAGCAAAGUCCGCUUUCUGCACCGAGCUACCGGUUGCGUGCUUUACUCCUCUGGCAAGAUUCUUCCAAAGUGGGGCUGGGAACAGGUGGAGGUGACCUGUAGUCCCUACUUGAAGGAAACUCCGAACUCUCAGUGGAACAUUGAAGAUCAUAUCAAUCCCAAAUUACCUAACAUUAGCCUGUCUGUGCUGAAGCCCCAUUUUCUGGAGAUCUUACUGGAGUCCCACAUUGUUAUGAUCAGAGGAAACAGUGGUUUGAAACCCAAAGACAAUGAGAUGAACUCAAAACCCUGGCACUGGCCCAUCAACUUCCAGGGCUUGAGGUUUUCAGGAGUGAAUGAGACAGAGUAUCGAGUUUACCUGCUGGGGAACCCUGUGGUCUGGUGGUUGAACCUGGCCAGUUUGGGGUUGUAUCUCAUCAUGGUGGCAGUGGUGUCUAUAACCCUCCAAAGAGGUUUCUCACUGGGUCAAAAGAGAAUGGAGCACUCUCGUGUGCUUAUGAGAGGAGGAGGACUGCUUCUCCUCGGCUGGCUGCUUCACUAUGCACCUUUCUAUACUAUGGGCCGUGUUCUCUACUAUCACCACUACUUCCCUGCCAUGCUCUUUAGCACCAUGCUAACAGGAAUUACACUUGACAUCUUAUUAAAAAGCACUGACUUGCUGCUCCGCCCACCUUAUUCGGAUUGGCUGCAGCGAGUCGGGCAGCUCGGACUUCUGUUCACUGUUCUUUACAGUUUCUACCUGUUCUACCCACUCUCCUAUGGCAUGACGGGCCCUCUGGCACACGAGCCGGGCAGCACCAUGGCUGGUCUGAAGUGGAUGGACUCCUGGGAGUUCUAGUCAGCUUUGCAAAAAGAUGACACUAAUGAUAGGAUGUAUAACAACUGUUCUGAAUAUGAGGGACUUAAAUUAAUCAAGUGUCUCACAGACUUAUGGUCUUAGAGUGUUUACACACAGAUAUAAUUUUCAUAAGGUACUUACUGUACACACUACUAUACUACCUGUACAAGUAUUUAUGUGUCUAAACAUUUCAAAGCAUUGUAGUACAAAGAAAGCUUGACAAGACACACUUGAAUCAGUGCAAUAUGCUGUGGAGUAUUUGAGAAUAAAGAUCUACACACAUAAUCAUCACCAAGCUGCCUUAACUGACAACACAUUUGGCAUCCUGAACAUAGUGUAUACUGUAUGUGUCACAAUAAGAAGCUAAAGUGCCUGGAACUAGUGAAAAAAAAAUGGAAGGGUUUAAAUGCUGCAUCUCAAGACUAGUCCGUUUUUAAAAAAAAAAAAAACACAAAAAAAACCUAAACAUUGUUGCUAUUGGAAAGGAUUGUUGUGAUUUUAGUACCUGUUAUUUUUGUAUUACAUUCAGCUGAUAGAGCUGUCUAUUACUGGCUUCUGUUUCGACACUAUAAGACUACUGACUCUCAUUGUUGUGUAUAUUUCAGUAU